UAUGAAAAGUUUUAUUUAUUGCCAUUUUUUUAGAUUUAAAAUGGUGGUCGCUCCUAAAACAGCUGUCCAAGAAGAUGAGGAGAACUGUGAAAGAUUAUUGGUUUCCGUAAUUAAAUCAUCUCCUAUGAUCUCUCUCCUUUUAUCUGCGAUGAGUCGGGCAGGAUGCAACUUUAAUAUAUCAAGACACGUGAGCUGUGAGAAAUGUCAACCUGGAUUAGCGGGAGGAUUUGACCGGGAAACCAAUCAGAUAGUUCUUUGUACAGGAUACUGCAGGGAUUUUGAGAGAGUAAAUCGAACACUGAGUCACGAGCUUGUACACAUGUACGACUACUGUACUGCACAAAUUGAUUUCAGUCAGAUUGAACACUUGGCGUGUACAGAGGUUAGAGCAGCAAAUCUAGCAGACUGCAGAGAACCAUUAACCCCCCUUCUCAAGGGGGAAGCUAGUAUAGGGUUACGGAACCAGCAUGAAGUAUGUGUCAAGGACAGAGCAACCAGAUCAGUUGUUGUUAUUGCAGGAGUCGACAAACAAACCGCGACUAAAACUGUCGACAAAGUUUUCGCAAGAUGUUAUACCGAUUUGGAACCGGUUGGCCGACGAUGUAUCGACAGAACAGACGAACUCAGAGCAUUCAAAGAAUUCGUUUUUUUUAAAUAAUCAAUCAAUCAUACCUCCUGCCUCCUCCUCCCUACCAACCACAUAGUUCAUAAAUAUAAAUCCACAUUUAAUAAAUUUACAAAUUUUUAUAGGUUUUAGGUACUUUUACAAUUUGUUUUCCAUGUAUUACUAAAG